UUUUGCCAUCUGGGACUCCGUGCCCUGAAGCAGUUGCACAGAAGAACGGAGGAGAAAGAGGAGGCACUUUUAGCAGCACUAACCCUGCCCUCCAUGGGUUUGCAUUACAGGAACAUGCAGUGAUUUGCUGCUUUGCCUUUAGACCCAUCCCAAUCAUCAGGGUGUGUGGUAUAUGGUGUGUGUGGGAGGGGGAGAUCUACUGUCUCUGUAAUAAAUGAUAGAGGAUACAAUGACUUUGCUCUCUUUGCUGGGUCGGAUCAUGCGUUACUUCUUACUGAGACCAGAGACGCUGUUCCUGCUAUGCAUCAGCCUGGCCCUAUGGAGCUACUUCUUCCAUACGGAUGAAGUGAAAACCAUUGUCAAGUCCAGCAGGGACGCGGUGAAAAUGGUGAAGGGCAAGGUAGCAGAAAUUAUGCAAAAUGACCAACUUGGGGGUCUGGAUGUGCUGGAUGCAGAGUUUUCCAAGACCUGGGAGUUUAAGAACCACAAUGUGGCUGUUUAUUCCAUCCAAGGCCGGAGAGACCACAUGGAAGACAGGUUUGAAGUGAUCACGGAUCUGGUGAACAAGACUCAUCCAUCCAUAUUUGGGAUAUUUGAUGGACACGGUGGAGAGUCAGCAGCAGAAUAUGUGAAGUCCCGCUUACCAGAAGUCCUAAAGCAACACCUUCAGGAUUAUGAGAAAGAUAAGGAGAACAGUGUAUUAUCCUAUCAAACUAUCCUGGAGCAACAAAUUCUCUCAAUUGACCGAGAAAUGCUGGAAAAAUUGACUGUAUCCUAUGAUGAAGCAGGAACAACAUGUUUGAUUGCUCUACUGUCCGACAAAGAGCUCACUGUGGCCAACGUUGGAGAUUCAAGGGGGGUCUUGUGCGAUAAGGAUGGAAAUGCUAUUCCUUUGUCUCAUGAUCACAAGCCCUAUCAGCUGAAAGAAAGAAAGAGGAUUAAAAGAGCUGGUGGCUUCAUCAGUUUCAAUGGUUCCUGGCGUGUUCAAGGGAUCCUGGCCAUGUCUCGUUCUCUUGGGGAUUACCCGUUGAAGAACCUGAAUGUUGUCAUCCCUGAUCCAGAUAUCUUGACCUUUGACCUGGACAAACUCCAGCCAGAGUUCAUGAUCUUAGCUUCUGAUGGGCUCUGGGAUGCGUUCAGUAAUGAGGAAGCGGUGCGAUUCAUCAAAGAACGAUUAGAUGAGCCACAUUUUGGAGCCAAGAGCAUAGUGCUCCAAUCUUUUUAUAGGGGAUGCCCUGACAACAUUACAGUCAUGGUGGUUAAGUUCAAAAACAGCAACAGAGCGGAGGACCAGUAAAAAAGAGAAAGAAAGGGGUGGGUGGGGAAGAAAGAGAAAUAAAAGUAAUACCACGCUCUGCCUCUCACUUGGCGAACUUCUUCAUUUAACCUUUACACUUCAAUACAGUAGACAGUGGUAGCAAGUAUAUUAGUAUUAAAAUUGUACAUCCCAAAAUGAGAGUAGAAAAAAAACCCACCCUUUUUGGUAAACACAGCAAAUAAAAUUGACAAUUUGUUUUGUUUUGUUUUGUUUUGUUUUUAAAUGAAAAGGACCUUGUACCUUUUAUUCACUAGAUCUCUGAUGGUCUCAGCUUAGAAAAAUCCUUCAAUUAUAAAGGCCUGUGACUCCUGCUUCAGAGAUUCCAAACAGCUGCAAUUCCCUUAGUCUUCACAUAACAGCUUAGAAUUGCAUUUGGACUUGAGCUGCUGAGACAUGAUACGAACAGCUGAUUACUUGGAAGCAGUUGAUAAAACUGACAUGGGAUGGCCACCAGUGUGACGAUCCAUUCUAGCAUCCUCUCCUUCAUAGUGCUACAUCUGCUUAGUUAAACUGCAGAAAGAACAAAAGUGGGUCUAGAUAACAGUUUCAUAACAAAGGGUACCAAUGGGUCCAUGACAGAUAACUACUGUCACUUUCCACUGGUAUACUUCCUGCUAUGUCAUUAGCAUUAAACAAUUGAGCUUUUCCAUUGCUGUGUUUAUAAGGUUUGUGUGCAUGCCUCAGAAUGAUCUUUGUUUCUUUUUAAAAAAAAACACAACUAGCCGGCAGAUAGAUUUUAAGAUCCAUGCUCACUUAAAAAUGUCCCCUUUAUUAAUUCUUGUUUCUGGAUGAGCUGAAUUUAAUUUUUGUUUCUAGUUUCGGGCCAUAAUUCUGUGUAGUUCAGACAUUGAAACCUGUCGUUACGACCAUGUUAUAAAAUGUGUCUUUAGCUUAGAAGAUUCUGAUAUAAGACUUUAGCAUUUCUAAACUUGUAUUUAGGGGAUAAGGCUAGCAUAUUAAUGAAGCAAGAAAACUGAAAUAGGAACUUAGUGCCAAACUCAUGGAAAAUACAGGUAGAGCUUUUUUUUUUCCUUAGCAGUGAAGCUUUGUUCCAAAACAGAAGAAUUGUUAAGCAAGUUUUACUAUUUAAAUAUUUAAUGAUGUAAAUCAUCAAAAGCCAGCCCUAGUAGUAAGUGUUGCCUGCAUAUAGCUGCAGUUUGAAAUCUAUGGCACUUGGUAUGAGCUGACUGCUUAAUUUCAGUGUGCCUAUCACCUGCGUGUCUCAUGACCAACUUUCUGCAGAUUGAUAGCUCCAGAUGUGUUGGGCUGCAGUUCCCAUAAUUCCAGCAUCUGGCGAGUGAAAUGUUGGGAAAGCUUUGGGUAACAAGAUAGACUUAUCAGUGGUGGUAUCUGACCUUGAGCUAUUUGCUGCAUCAUUCUAAUUUUUUCUACCAUGCAAAUUAGGGGGGCAUGAUCAGGCAUUCUGAUUUACAAUGGAUCCAGUAGAAUUUUUCUGCAAGCAGAAACGGGAUUGAUGGAUGCUAUCAGUGAGGAACCCAAAUAGCAUUAUUUCCAAAAGAAAACAAAAUUAGACCUGUUAAUAUGUGGAAUAUUGCUUAUGUCUACGGGCUGUAAUUUAGAAUCAAAACUAUAGAAACGUGAGUCAAAAUGCCCCAUUAGAUUGCUGCAAAGAUGUUGGAGCAUAGCUUCUCUGUUCUAAUUAAGGUGCUCUAAUUAAUUGGACAUUGCCAGGAUUAAUAAUUCGUGAAGUGCUAUUUAAUCAUCUUAUUUCAUUCUCCGCUGUUAUAUACAGGUUCUCCUGAACAAUUAACUCAAGAGGCAACAGGGAAGGUGCCUUAGUCCAUCCCUGAAGUAGUUGGGUAAUUUGAAAUUCAUACAAUGGAUUAAGACAGGUUGGGCAACUAUGGCUUUUUUUAAACCUUGUAAAGCAUAGCUGCCUCAAGAAUUCUGGGAGUUGAAAUCCACAGGUCAUAAUGGGCCAUAAUUAUCCACCCUUGGAUUAAGAUAUACCAAGCGUGCAUUAGUUACUUCCGAUGUCUUUAUUUCUUGACUUCGUUGUGUCUUCUUAGAGAUACUACUUAGAUUCUCAAAAUAUUACUAGUUUUGCUAGUUUUGAUUGAAUGAUUACAUACCAUCAAGUUGAUAUUGACUCUUGUAGACUCCAUAGAUUUCCUCCGUGAUAUCUGUUCCUAACCUGGUCCUUCAGCUCUUCCACCAAUGAACUCAUUACUAGUUACUGUUUAUCCUCCUCUUCUUUUUCCUUUCCCCAUUUUGAGCAUUAAAACCUUUUCAGAGAGCUAGGUCUUUGUAUCAGUGGUGAAAUCCAAAUUUUUUUACUACUGGUUCUGUGGGCGUGGUUUGGUGGGUGUGGAAGGGGAAGGAUACUGCAAAAUCUCCAUUCCCACCCCACUCCUGGGGGAACGCUAUUGCAAAAUCUCCAUUCCCACCCCAAUCUGGGGCCAGUCAGAGAACUGGUAUUUGCCAGUUCUCCAAACUAUUCAAAAUUUCCACUACUGGUUCUCCAGAACCUGUUGGAUUUCACCCCUGCUUUGUAUAAUGUCUAAAACCGGGUGAGUUUGUUAAUUUUAGCUUCAGAUUAUUUGGUUGAUGAAAGAAAAAUAAAAAAAUGCUUCCCCAAUCUUUAUUUUGUUACAUUCUUGUACCAAAAUGAAGAGGCAUCUUUAAUUCAAAGACCUGUUUUAAAAAAUCAAAAUCAAAACUAUAAACUAAUGCACCAGAGUCAUUAAAUAUGGUUUUACUGCAAAAUUGAAAUACUAAAUCAAAAAGCUUCCAUUUUAAUUUUUUACCUUUCUAAAGCUCUAUAUACGGUAGUACUUAAAUUUUGAGGUAUGUGGAAUAAGAAUUAUAGUACAAAUAAAAAAAUAAUCUUUUUUUACCUGGUUAGUAGGAGAUGCAUGUCCAACUCUUAUGUGGCUGUUAUCGGGAACAGUUAAUUUAGGCACAGUAUUAGCUGCAGCUCUUUUAAGGGCCUUAACUAAAUAGUUUCUCCCAGUGGUGAAAUCCAAAUUUUUUUACUACCGGUUUUGUGGGCGUGGCUUGGUGGACAUGGCAGGGGAAGGAUACUGCAAAAUCUCCAUUCCCACCCCAGGGGAAGGUUACUGCAAAUUCCCCAUUCCCACCCCACUCUGGGACCAGCCAGAGGUGGUAUUUGCCGGUUCUCUGAACUACUCAAAAUUUCCGCUACCUGUUCUCCAGAACCUGUCAGAACCUGCUGGAUUUCACCCCUGGUUUCUCCCACUUCUUUGUCAUUAUAACUGAGCCCUAGAGCCCUAAAUGAGAUUAUUGAAAACCUAUUGUAUUUUUUCACUCCCUUUGUUCAUUAAAUUCUGAUUUUUUGGAGUAACAGAGCAAUCUUUCUGUCACAGUUGCAAUAUUUUUAAACUAUUAGCAAUAGCAACUUUUUGUGAUUUAUUUUUAAUUUCUUGAAGGAAUAUCAAUGUCAGCCACCCUGAAGUUUCUGUUGUAUAUGCCAGGACUAGAACAAAUAUCACAUGAGGCAAUUUUGCACUAGACGCAACUUCAAAAAUAAAACCAGAGCUCUUCUGAAUCAUUAAAAAUGUAAAAAUCAAUUAGUUUGAACCAUUUGGAAAGUUUUUGCUGAUGCAUUUGUGCAUACAAGUUGUCAUUAUUAUGAGCUGAUUUGGAAAUGAGAUUAACCCAACCAAAACUAAAAGUCUUUUAGAAAUCAAUAACCCUAUUCCAGAUACCUAUUUAUAUCUGCACACCCCCAUCCAUCCCUAUUAAAAAUUAUCAAACAAUGUUGACUCUUCAUAAGAUCCAUCACUUUUUAUGUGUUAAAUUGAAGUAGGACUAGAAGGAUUGGGGAAACAUUGCCCAUAACUAGACAUCUUGGAAAUACAUUAGACCUGUUAAUAUGUGGAAUAUGUCAGUCAAAAUGAGCAGUGUCAAGCAACAGUUAGUGGAGUGUUGCCGCUCAUUUGUGAAACCUACUUACUUGAGAAUAAACCCCACUGAAUUCAUAUACCUAACCUGUAGGAUAUAUGCCUAGGAUUGCACUUCUAGCAUAUUAAUAUCAGUAUAAUGCCAGCACACUAAUAUCAGUAUUCGAGAAGAGGAAUGAUUGAAACAUGCUUCCUAUUCUAGUGUUGUUUCUUGUUCAGAACACUGAAGCUUAUGAGAAGCUUUCCAAUUUUUUUUAUAGACUGGAAUAAAUGGUUUAAUUGUGUUAUGAAGAUACAGCAUUGCUGUGAAAAAAAUAAUUAUGAUAAAAACACAUGUAGAUGGAACCAGCAAAUGUAUUCAUUUGCAGUCUGUUGAAAGCUGUUUUUAAUGUCUGAGGAAGAGAAAAUUCAUCGUUAACAGGAAAAUAACUGUAAACAAUUACAGAGUACAAAUUAUAUUCAGUCAAGUGUUUAAAAAGGCCACAUUUGGCUAGUCACCUACUCAAUGAAGGGCAAAAAUAUGUAUGCUGUGCAAAAGGCUUCUCAGAAUUAGUGGCAUCACUCAAGUAUUUAUAGUGUAGACAUUUAUAGUCUUUCCCCUUGGAGAAAAACCUCCUGCUUAAUAAAAAAACAGGCUGAGAUAAUAGAAGAGCUUGACCUGAGAUGUAGUAUCCCUGUUGAAACGAAAUAGUCAUACCCAUAUCCUAUACAGAAAAUAUUUCAAAACACUUGUUUACAAACUCAGAAUAUUAAAUCAGGCAUAGUAAAAGCAAGAAAUAUGCUUAAUGCUAUUGAUUUGGAUUCAGAGAUACCUUGCACAAAUGAAAAAAGUUCAUCAGCAAAUUCUUUGAAUUUCCCAUUGGUGUCAUGGCAUAAUGCCAACCUGUAGGAAUGCUUUUGUAGGAAGAGUAGGUACAGAGGAUUGUAGGAGGAGGACAAGGAACCAAGAAGCUGCCACUGCCUAAUACUGCAGAAUCUUCACUGAAUUUGAUUUGCUGAAUAUCAUUAAAUGAUUAUUAAACAUUAUAAUGUAUAAACAAUAUAUAUCAUUAAACAAUUAAAUGAUUAUUUAGUCCAAACAUGGGUGCCCUGAAGUUCAAAAGGUGGGAACCUGUGACCUGUGUAACUCCCAGAAUCUUUGAUCAGUGGCCAAAUGGAUUGAUGGAGCUGAGAUUUGUAGCUCAGCAAUAUCCAAAGAGUUACACCAGGGCUGUCAAACUCCCGGCUCACAGGCCAGAUGCGUCACGUACUGGCCAUGGCCACGCCAGAGGUGGGUUUCAGCAGGUUCUGACCAGUUCUGGAGAACCGGUAGCGGAAAUUUUGAGUAGUUUGGAGAACCAGUAAAUACCACCUCUGACUGGCCCCACUCCCAUCUAUUCUCUGCCUCCCGAGUCCCAGCUGAUCUGGAGGAAAUGGGGAUUUUACAGUAUUCUUCCCCUGGAGUAGGGUGGGAAUGGAGAUUUUACAGUAUCCUUCCCCUACCACACCCACCAAACCAUGCCAUGCCACACCCACUAAGCCACACCCAUAGAACCAGUAAUAAAAAAUGUGAAACCCACCACUGGCCCACGCCCAGUUUAGCGAAGGGGGGGAAAGUUCCAAUACAUCACAUGACGUCAGCAUGACUACGUGAGUUUUACACCCCUGAGUUACAUGUUCCUCUUCUUUGAAGGAGGCUAUACAACAAAUAUUGGUUAUCUAGUGUCCUUCCACUCUUAAGUUUUGGAUUCCAACUCUCAUUAUGGCCUACAGCAGGGAAUCGUAGGAGAUUAGGGAAUCAUAGGAAUUACAAUCCAGAACAGCUAGUGGGUACUAUGUUGCUUAUCCCUAAAAUAACAUAGCAGGCAAUCAGUAUUAUAAUUUAUUGAAAUUUAUUUUAGUUCUACAUUUAUUUAAAGCAGUGCAUACUAAAUUAUUUCUACCCUAAUUUAUGACCAGUUCUUAAUUAGGAGAGGAAAAAAAAACCUCUUGCUUUAGAUUUAUGGGUGCAUAGAGCCUAAUAAAGUGCAAUAGUCACAACAGUUUUUACUAACGUAAAAAUUCACAUCUUAUAAAAUAAGAUAAGAGCACCUAUGUGAAAAUUAAUAGAAAGACUCUAAGAGCACCUAUGUGAAAAUUAAUAGAAAGACUCUAAGAUUACUGUAACUUUGCUUUUAUUUUGUACUAAGACAGUGGGAAAUAUCAAUUUGCAGUUGAUGGGAAGGAAAAAGAAAAACUUUUACUUGUGAAAGUGGUAAAUUAAAACAAUAGAUUUGUGCAGUAUUUUUGAAUAUCAUACGGGAAAUAUAUUAUUUUGACAAUGUGUGGUUUAGGGAAAAGUUUGCAUUGUUCAAUGUUUUAGUAGGUGCUAACAAAGAUGCAUAUUUUUGUAGAGAAUACAAUACAGACUAUGUAUACUAUUCUCUGAACAAAAGCUUUUCUAUAUUGUAGAAUUGAACUAUGAAUAUUUAGUGGGAAUUCAAAAGCUUCUAAGCCAGACAGGUUAGGAACAGCAACACUGCAAGCAGGGUAGACAAACCAAUUAUAGAUUUAUGGCACAAUUAUGUUUUCAGUUUAAUUGAUCUCCAAAGGCCCAACCAGUCUUGUCACUAGAGCUUUGGGUCCAUGGGAAAUGAUUCAGCACAGGGCACGCAAAACCGCCUUGUGAUUUCUUACCUUCGUUUCCAGGCACAUAAAGCUAUUUACACAGAAUCCAAUUAAGACUGUUAAACAAGCAUGAGUUCUUCUCCCUCACCCCUUUCUCUGCUUCAGCUAAUGAAGGAAUAGGAAUAGGUGGUGAUUUAUUACUCCUUGUGCUAGUAUAUCCUCAGUUAACUGGUUUUUCUAAGAGUAAUGGUAGUUGGCUGACUCUUGAGGCUGUUCAGAUGUACAGCAAGCCCCUUCCCAGUUAGGAAUAAGAGAGCGUUCAUUCCAUUGGCUGGCAUGGUCUCAAACUGGCAAGACUUGUUCUUCUUGUUAUUCUUCAUCCCUAACUGAAGCCAUCUUCCUUAAGAAGAUACAUCUCUUGCUGGCUGCCUCUCUUCUUCAGUGAUCUUCCCUGGAGCCACUUCAGAAGCCUUGCCCCCAAACUCUUCUGGAACCAGCAUUCCUUCAGCAAUUGAAACUGCCUAAAAUCCAUUUUGGUUUCCAAUCAUCCUUUUUUUUCCCUUCUUCCUUCAAACUCUCCUCAAUUCUCACUAUCUUACCUUUUUUUUUU